AUGAGUUUGAGGGAAGAAUGUGAAGAUCUUAGGAAGAGCUUCCUCAACACUGGGAGCUGGUACAAAAUGGGUUCGAGGCAAUCAAGCAUCAUGGCCUCUUCUCACCAUGUCAUGCGUGAUGCCUCUGUUUCUGUCCUCUUUUGUGUCCUCAUCGUUGCAUUGGGUCCUAUUCAAUUCGGCUUCACGUGUGGCUAUUCUUCUCCGACGCAAGAGAGUAUAAUAAGCGAUCUAAAGCUCUCACUUUCGGAGUUCUCGCUAUUUGGAUCUUUAUCCAAUGUGGGAGCCAUAACCAGUGGUCAAAUGGCAGAAUACACCGGACGCAAAGGGGCAUUGAUGAUUGCCGCAAUCCCCAAUAUAUUAGGAUGGCUCGCCAUUUCUUUUGCCGAUGACUCAUCGUUUUUAUUUAUGGGGAGGUUUUUGGAAGGCUUUGGCGUUGGGAUAAUCUCUUACGUGGUGCCUGUUUAUAUAGCUGAGAUAUCACCUCAAAACAUGCGAGGUACCCUUGGAUCGGUGAACCAGCUCUCAAUCACAAUUGGAAUAAUGCUUGCUUAUCUGUUGGGCCUUUUUGUCAACUGGAGAGUACUUGCAGUUCUAGGAAUUUUUCCUUGUACAAUAUUAAUACCUGGAUUAUUUUUCAUACCAGAAUCUCCCAGGUGGUUGGCCAAGAUGGGGAUGACAGAAGAGUUUGAGACUUCUUUGCAAGUGUUACGAGGAUUUGACACAGAUAUAUCACUUGAAGUACAUGAAAUUAAGAGAUCUGUGGCAUCAACGGGAAAAAGUGUUACAAUUCAGUUUGCAGAUCUCAAGAUGAAAAGAUAUUGGUUUCCUUUAAUGGUAGGAAUUGGAUUGCUUGUACUUCAGCAAUUGAGUGGUGCCAAUGGAGUUCUGUUCUAUUCAAGUACCAUAUUUGCAAAUGCAGGAAUUUCAUCCAGCAAUACUGCUACAGUUGGACUUGGAGCUAUACAGGUCAUAAUGACUGGAAUCACUACUUGGUUGGUGGACAAAAGUGGCCGGAGGCUGCUUCUAAUAAUAUCCGCAUCUAUAAUGUCAGUUAGCCUUCUCCUUGUUUCUAUAGCAUUCUAUCUAGAGGGAGUCACAUCAGAGGAUUCUUGUCUAUACGGCAUUUUGGGAAUACUUUCUGUUGCUGGGCUUGUGGCUAUGGUAAUUGGCUACUCUCUAGGACUUGGACCAAUCCCUUGGCUUAUAAUGUCUGAGAUACUUCCAGUGAAUAUAAAGGGCCUAGCUGGCAGCAUAGCCACCUUGACUAAUUGGAUGACUUCCUGGAUCAUCACAAUGACUGCAAACUUGCUUUUGACUUGGAGCAGUGGAGGGACAUUCUUAAUCUACACUGCGGUAGCUGCCUUUACUGUUGCUUUUGCGGCAAUAUGGGUCCCUGAGACCAAGGGAAGAACAUUGGAAGAAAUUCAGUUUUCCUUUAGAUAG